AUGUCAUUGGAUAAUAUUAAAAGUAGUGAAGCUGGUGGUUCUGGCACUGGAUCUAGUGUAACUACUCCAAGUGUUAAAUCUAGGGGAUCUAGUAGUUCUACUGGAUCUAGUGUAUCUACUCCAACUAUUGAACCUAGUAAUACCAUUGAAAUAACUAUAUCGGAUAGUACAAUUGAUGCUACUAAAGAUGCUAGUGAAUUUUCUAAUGGUAAAUAUAAAUACAGCAUAACUGAUACAAAUCAACAAAAAGAAUUAUUAGAUCCAAAAACAAUUAAUCAACUUAAAUUUGAUGACAAAGAACUUAAAUUUAGUAAUGAAGCUAAACUUCCAAAAAGUGAUGGAGGUACUAAUGAUGGUGUUAAGGAUAUAACAAUAUAUACCUGCAGUGAUUCUCAUAAAAAACCAAUAUUAAUACAAUUUUCUGCUACUAUAGGAAAAUCAACCCGCUAUUAUUUCUACAAAUUGAAGGAUAAUAAUGAAUGGAAAAAUGAAAAAUUAGAAUGUACCAGUAUUAGUCAUCAAGUUGACGAUAAUCGUAUUGAAUAUUAUGAAACCUUUUGUGAUGGUGCCUUUCCCCCUUAUAAUACAGAAUAUGGUAAACAAAAAUGUAGUGAGCAAAAAUGA